UCAGGGCAGGAAUUAGGGUAGACCAUCAGUUCGAGUUGGAAAGGUGAAGAUGAGGAGCUCCUCGUACAGCCAGAAGACCGCAUCCGUGAGCUGGUCCAGUAGGAGUGGCCCGAGGCUCCGGGUCCCCUCCCCGGCACCCCCAGAGGCCCGAGCAUCCGAGAAGGAGGAGAUGCAACAACUCAACGACUGCCUGGCCAGCUACAUUGGCAAGGUGAGGGGCCUGGAGCAGCGCAACUCCCAGCUGAGGGAAGAGCUAGCAGGCCUGAAGGCCCAUCUCAAGGUGCCCCAGGGAAUAGGGGACGAGUAUCAACAGCAAUUUAAGGAGCUCAAGGAGCUGAUUGAGCGACUCACCCAUGAGAAAGGGCUGGCCGAGAUCGAGAUGGGCAACACCAAGGAGGAGGUUGACCUCUGGAGGCUGAAAUGUCAAGAGCAGCUUGACCUUCAAGAUGAAGCGGAGAGGAUCCUGAGGGAGUUCCAGAAGGAUGUGGAUGAUGCCAAUUUUCAAAAAACUGGCCUGGAGAGAACCAUUGAGCAGCUCGUGGCAGAGAUUGACUUCCUGAGAAAGUUGCAUGAGGAUGAAGUGGCUGAUCUGGUCCGACAAAUCGAAGAGUCCAAAGUCUCGGUGGAACUGGACUCAACCCGUCCUGAUCUGAGAGCUGCCUUGCGUUCCAUGCGGGCACAAAUGGAAGAGAUUUCUGCCAAGAACCUCAAGGAAGCUGAGGUUUGGUACAAGACCAAGUUUGACAGCCUCCGGCAGCACGCCACCAAAUACGACAUCCAGAUCCAGAGCACGAAGGAUGAGCUCAGCAUCUUGCAGCAGCAGGCGGUGGAUUUGGAGAGUGAGAUCGGUACCAUGAGGAGUACCAUCCAGUUCCUGGAGAACCAGCUGGAGGGCAUGGAGGCCAGCCACCUAGAGAAAGUGGCAGGUCUGCAAGGCCUCAUCACCCAACUGGAAUUCCAACUGAGAGAAACUAAAACGGAGAUGGCACAAUAUCUUCAGGAAUACCAGCAACUGCUCAAUGUCAAGCUGACACUGGAUGCUGAGAUCACUACCUACCGGAAGCUGCUGGAAGCAGAAGAGGACAGGCUGGGAUUAUUAAGUGAGAACUCUGCAGGUGCUUCCUCUGUUACAAGAGAGGGGAAAGGAGAAUCCAUCCCUGCUAACAUAGAAACACAUACAGCGCACGAAGUGACUGCCUAGAAGAGGAUCAAAGGAGUCAUUAGAGACACCUGUUCCAUGUCAGAUAAAAUCAAAACCCAUCCAUCACUCAUUGCAUUCAAGUGAUGUCAAAACGAUGAGGUUUUCUGUUUGGUGCAUACAGGAAUGAUGUAAAGAUACAGAAGAAUUAGAGUUUAAUAAUUUCAUAUUGUAUCGUCAUGAAGCAUGUGUCCUGUCUAUCAUGAUGUAAAACAAAUGCCACAGCAAUAUAGCAGAAUCAAUACUGCACCAAUAAAAGCUUAAUGUGACAGCACAAUUGUACAAUGACAAUUCUUUUAUCAAACACACUUCUAAACACUGAAAACUUAUCAGCACAAAAAUAAGAAGGGCAAAAAUAGACAUUUGGAUAAUAAUGAUCUGAUAUACUCAGCAUAAUAGAAAAGCUUUUCACUGUAUUUUGUUGUUUAUAUAUGACAAUAAAAUCACUCAUUCAGAUUCACAAAUGGAAUGUCAUGGUUGACAAACGUGGGAGUUUUUUUGAAGUUGUUAUUAACAAAACUGAUAAAGGAGAGCUGAUGGAUAUAGUAUACUUAGAUGUUCAGAAGGAUUUUGAUAAAAUGCCCCUUGGUUAGAAAAAUUAAACUACAUGGGAAAGAAGGUAAUGUA